AUGGCUGUCGUAGGCAACAUUGACUUCCUCGCGAGGGACGUCUUGUAUGACAAACAGAAACCUUACAGGAUGAAGUUUGUUCCACCGUCCGGGUUUCCAUGGUCAAAUAUCAAGACCAACAUCCAACCCCAGAAGAUCGAGGACAUUCGGGGUCGCGAAAAAGAUUUUUCUCUGGGCGCAAAUGGAUUCUCUCUGGAAACGUUGGACUCCGGCAUGACUUACAAGGAUUUUGACGACGAAGACAAGAUUGUUCAAACAUAUUUACCAAAUGUUGCCAAGCUCCUGAGAUCCAUGCUUAACCCAUCGAGGAUACAAAUUUUCGAGUUUCUUGUUCGGAAACGGGGCGAGAGUUUUCCACUAGCGACAGAGACUGCUUACGAAGACCAUCAACCCACGACUGCAGCACACAUUGAUAUGACACAAGAAUGGGCGAGCAUUCUUGCCCGUCGCCUGAAUCACAAGAGCGGAAUACAUCGUCUCCCCGGAGAGCACUAUCAGUUCAUAAAUGUUUGGGCACCAAUCCGUGGACCAGUUCAAGAUUGGCCUUUGGCCCUCUGUGACGCAUCCAGUCUUAAUCUGCACGCUCUCCACGCCGGAGACGUUGUGUUCCAGGACUUCCAAACAGAAAAUUUAUUGCUAGAACAUCACCCAGAGCAUCGCUGGUACUAUGUCAGCGAGCAAAUGCCCACCCAAGCAUGGGUAUUUCUCCAAGGAGACAGCAGGGGGCGUCAGUGUGUUCCGCAUUCUUCUUUCCUUCAUCCUGGCGCCCCAGAAAAAGCUCAACCAAGACAGAGUAUUGAGGUGCGGGCCCUCGUCUUUACAACAUGA